CCGUAAAGACACCGUCGAAGAAGAAAAGGCGGAAGUAUUUUGGUGGGCGUUCAAGCGUCAAAGCAGCGACGUUCAGUUCGCCUGCUUGUGUGGCUCACUCGAAUAAAACAUGACAUAGUUACUAAAUAAAUACUCGGGUUAGUUUGGAAUGAUGGCGUCCCGUGAGGAGCAUCUUUGUCGAGCGAGAGAGGAGAAGGAAGAGCAAGCCCGACGACCGGACGCCAUUUUGUCGGCCUCCGAUGCCGCGCUGCAGAGUCGAGACGUCCAGCCACCGACUGAUCGGCAGGAAGAGCAUCCGGAGCCCCGCCGUGUGAAAGAAGAAGACGAGGAUCUGACCCCAUGUCGUGUGAAAGAGGAAGAGGAAGAGGUGGAUGUGAGCGAAUUGUCACUCAACGUCGUCGUCGUGAAGACUGAAGACGAGGGAGUGGAGUGGUCGCGGCCUCGUGGACGCAGUCCGAGCGGGGACGAGGGACCACCCGCCGACGAGCCCUUAGCUCCGCCUUCGCAUGGAGGCGACACGGAAAAACCCUCGAGGAGCGCAGCAGAUGACGAGAAACGCUUGGGGAGCGCCGCAAAAGAUCAUUUGACCUGCUCACUUUGUGGUAAAAGCUUCUCUUGUAAGUACAGCGUGAAGGAGCACAUGAGAACGCACACGGGAGAAAAACCCUUCAGCUGUACCGUUUGUAGUAAAACAUUUGCUUGCAAGUCAAAUAUGGUGAGACACAUGAGAGCGCACACAGGCGAGAAACCAACUUUUCAUUGUUCGGUUUGCGGCGACGCCUUUGCGCAAAAAGGAUCCUUGAUUGUGCACACGGCGACACACACGGACGAGAAACGUUUUGCGUGCUCGGUUUGUGGAAAAAGAUUCGCUAAAAGAAAAAAUAUGAUGGUUCACAUGAGGACACACACGGGAGAAAAACCUUACGGUUGCUCCGUCUGCAGUGAAGCGUUUGCCAAAAAGAUCUCUUUGGUUGCACAUACAGCCACGCACACCGGAGAGAAACCUUUCACCUGCUCCGUUUGCGGCGAAAGCUAUUCGUACAAGCGGAGUUUGAGCAUACACAUGCAGACACACACUGGGGAAAGUCUGAUCAGUUGCCCGGUUUGCCGUGAGAGUUUUUCUUACAAAAAAAGUUUGAAGGCCCACAUGCGGAAACACACGGGAGAAAAACCUUUCACCUGCUCCGUUUGCGGCGAAAGCUUCACCUACAAGCAGACGUUAAAUGCACACAUGAAAAGGCACACGGGAGAAAAACCCUUCAGUUGCUCAGUUUGUGGAGAAAGUUUUACGUAUAGGCCGACUUUUAACGCACACGUGAGAACUCACACGGGAGAACAACCUUUUACUUGCCCAGUUUGUGGCAAAAGCCUUUCUUACAAGCACAGUUUGAAUGAACAUAUGCAAACGCACGCAGAGAAACGCUUUAGUUGCUCCAUUUGCGGACAACAAUACGCUCAGGAGGCCUCGCUGAGUGCGCACACAGCGACGCACACGGGAGAAAAACCUUUCACCUGCUCCGUUUGCGGCGAAAGCUUCACUCAAAAACAAUAUAUGCUCAAACACGUGAGAAGACACACAGGAGAAAAACGCUGCGCUUGUUCAGUGUGCGGGAAAAGUUUUGCCUCAAAGCAGCAUUUGAACGUGCACGCGUGGACGCACACUGGAGAAAAACCCUUCAGUUGCUCAGAAUGUGGGGAAAGCUUCACUCAAAAACAAUAUAUGGUGAGACACAUGAGGAAGCACACUGGGGAAAAACCUUUCAUUUGCUCCGUUUGCGGUAAAAGUGUGACUUCCAAGCACAGCUUGAUUGCACACAUGCGGGGGCACACAGAAGAGAAACCCUUCACUUGUUCCCUUUGCGCCAAAAGAUUCACGAGCAAAAGAAAUCUGAACGUCCACAUGAGAACACACACGGGAGAAAAACCCUUCAGCUGCUCAGAUUGCGGUAAAAAAUUUGCUUUCAAGCAAAACUUGAACGCACACAUGCAGACGCACAAAGAAUAAACGUACAUUCCCGUUGGUGCCAAAAUCUUUUCUUUCUCGGGAGGUUUUUCAUUUUUUUCCAGAUGUUUUGAUGAUUCACAGACUGUAACGUCAUUUUUAUGAUGAUUUAAAUGAUCAGUGGUGUGUAGUAUCAAAUUACAAAUACGCAAUCACUCUGCUUUUUACUUGGAUUAUUUGUACGACUACUUUCCUUGAGAAUCUAUUUUUCAGUCGUCCUUUCAUCUUUUACUUUUCUGAUAUAUGUACUUUCUAUUCCUUAGUCUGUCAAAUCAGCACUCCAAAAACAGUCGGCUGAAAUAUAACCCAAAUUGGGCCAACUAAAGGAAUGACUCAAAUUUUGAGGUUACUUAUUUAACCCCUUAAAGUCCACUCAAAUGAAUAGCAAGAGAGAUGUGUGAGUUCUUUUUGUACAACAAAGACCAUUUUUGAACUUUUUGAGUUUACAUAUAAAAUGAUUACCCUUUGUGAAGAGAAUUGAUUGUUGUUGUUGGCACAUGAUUGAUUUGUGGUUCUUAGUCUGAGACAGACAAUGUGUUUUUUACAUUUACUAUCUUUUGUUCUUUUUUUUUUUUUGAGGUGACUUGGAUAGCAAAGUUGUAGCAAUGUGUUGUUUCAAUAGCAUUGAAGCAGAGGUGCAACAAUUAAUCAGCGACCACCGAUAAUUGAUUAUCAAACCAACCAACACGUGUUUUGAUGAUCAAUCGAUUGUUUGAAGACCUUGUUUAACACAAUUGUUCAAUUUAGUCUCUCAACAAGAAAUAGAUUCAUUACUCUCAUACUUCAUGAAAGCAAAUGGAAAGAGAUAUUUGUUUGUCUUUUCAAAAUAAAACUAGUUUUUACUUUGGUAAACAACAUUUUCCGCCCCAGAAAAUUCACAGAUCCUACAGACCAAACUGGAUCGUUUUUUAUUGUUCAUUUCUGCUGCUGUCAAUUUGAAGCAAUGUUCUGUUUUUCAAGAAGCGGAUGGAAAUUUAAAAAGAAAUGUUUUUUCACUAUAUGAAUUAAUUGGGGUAAAUCAUUUGUUGUGAAAAACAAUGUUAGUUGCAGCCCUGCAUUAAACUACUAAAGCAAAAUGUUUUUUGAAGAUUGCCUAACGUGAUAAAAGGGGUAAUUUUGUUUUUAAACUUGUUUUUAAAUAUGCACAAUUGUCCAAAAGGCUAUUUUAUGUCAUUGUAUGCCCUCAUUAAUUUUACUGAAGUAGAAUCAGUACUCGAACCUGGAAAGAAACCAGUUUGGUAAUCAAGCCCACAAAUUCAAUGACAAACCUUUUGUUUACAUUCCUUUCAAUUAUUGGAAUGUUUUGUAUUCACUUUCCCUGCUGUAGAUUCUUGUAGGAUUGCAAAGAGAUAGUUCAAUAAAGGACCGCUCAAAUGUU